AAAUAUUGAACAAAAAGAAAAGAGAAUAUAUAUAACAAACUUUGAAGAAGUAAGUACAUUUGUCAAGAGAACUUUCUUUCUAUAUCAAGCAUACUUUGAGAAGAGAACUGUGGGCAUGAUUCAUUCUUGUGCUAACUAAGAUUUUCAAGUCUGUUACCAAGGUAUGUGUUAAGCUCAUAGCAUCUCUCCCUUGCUCAAGCUGUAUUAAACUGUUGUUCCUGUUUUAUUCUGAGUGCUGAGUUGGGUUUUCAGUAUCUUUUUGGAACAUAUAGUGGGGUAUUGACUCUUUUGAGUGCAAAUGAAGGUGAGCUUUCCAAACCUAUAGCAUAAACUAUAGACUUAGCGUACUCAUGUUUGGUAAACAUGCUAAAUGUGGCCCCUAUCGAGUCAUCCCACUGGAAGCUUUGAUUGAAAAACGUUUAUAAGAUGCUUCAGAAUUGAACCAGUGCUUCAUACUUCACGCUCAUUUGCUAUUUCUUUUCAGGCUCUUAAGCUAUGGUGGAAGAAGGUGCCAUUUGUCCAACACCCAAGGUAUUCUAACCCGUCAUACAGGGAAGAAGCUUUGAUACGUGAUAAAAAGUUGCAUUGUCGUCCUGAAAAUGGUUGGGACAAUGACAAACAGACUCAGGUUGAUGGAAGAGAUAUGGGAUGUGUGGCCGACAGAAAUCACAGGGAUCGUUGGUUUUCGUGGAGAGAUGCUAAGUGGCCAUGGUCUUGAUUGCUAAAGUUAAGCUUCCGUUUUGUAAACUAUUUUAGUUUGUAAGAUUCUUUCUCAAUUCCAUAUGCUUCUCUUAAAGAUUAGCAACUGUAUAUCUCUUGAUUUCGCUGCAAAUUAAGAGAAGAAUAAAAUGCCGAGAUGUUGAGAUGAGGGUGCUCAUCAUUCCCUUCAAUAUAAUUAUUAUGGUAGCUUUGAACUUGAAAAGCUAAAUUACUUUCAAUAUUUAAUUUAUGACCAGUUUGGUCUUUACCUUUGCCUUUGUACUUGAGGCUUCUACAUGUUUUUUCACUUUCUUGAAGUGAUUAUUUUCAAUAUUGGAUUUAAAGCUCAUUGCAUGCAUCCUGAAAGUAAAGGUAAUUCUUUCAUCAGGAUGGUGAUUGGUGACCAUCUUUGUUGCCACAUUGAAAAUAUGCAGAUAACAGAUGAUAUUUUCUGCUUUACAACCUAGCCAGGAUCCUAUCACAAACUGUCCAAUGAGCACACAUGACCUUCCCUACCCUAUACUCCCACAUGAGUAUUCAAACGUUGGCACAUUCUUCUAGCCAAUAUGCUGCAUUGGAUGUUUGGCAAAGGUUCAGCAAAACUAAUUGGAAGGCCACAAAUUUAUCAUGAGAUUCGUUUGGCCUUGCAAACACAUGUUCCAUAACUUAAAAUUUGGUUGAGACCUUGAGAUUUCAUUUCACG